CUGCUGGCUGCAGUCACACUCGCGAGUGCGCUUCAGGAUUGCUCGUGUGGUUACAUGGUCAACACCACCGAUCAAGAGUACUAUGCCGUCUUCACCGAGAUCUUCGAGACGGAUUUUCUGCACGUUGGCAACUUGAAGAAAGAUACUGGCAAUUCCUGGCUCCCGCAAUCGUACGAUCACUCACCAGAGGCGUCACAUGGUCCUUGCGGUAAACUCGCUGGCGUCGAGAACGUCAAGACCAACCCUAUCCACAAUGCAUGGGACUGGACCGGGCCCGGCAUUCACGGACAAGAUCCAGGUCUUCAACUCUGGACGGAACAUGGAUUUACCGACGUUUCCAGCUACUGCAUGAUCCCAAUCGCAGAAGUCGUGUCCACCCGCGACGACAUGCUCUAUGGCUCUUUCAGAAUCGGACUGAAGACCAGCGCUGUCAACGGCACAUGCGGUGGAUUCUACUUCUAUCUCAACAAGCCGGCAGAAAUCGAGAUGGAGCUCCUGUCCAAAUCCAAUCAGAAGUCCGCCGGCUUCGUUCAGCUCGUCGUCCCAUCCGAGGAGGACAUGCAACGAGGCCACAUGAAACACGAUUCCCCAGACGUGGACGCUCACUCGCUGAUCUUCUCGCCGACCACCGACUACAACGAGUUCCGAUUCGACUGGCUGCCGGAUCGCAUCGACUUCUACGCCAACGGUGAACGACUGAGUACCGUCACAGACAACGUCCCUAAUUCACCAGGCAGUCUACGCAUCUCCCACUGGUCGAACGGCGACGAUGACUGGAGCGGCGGACCACCCAAGGAAGACGCUGUGAUGACUGUCAGCUAUGUGAAGGCGUACUUCAACUCCUCCGAACCCGACAAUACCCAGGCAUCUCUCAUGAACUGCCGAGAUUCUCUUGGUGGCGAACAUGCAUGUCGGAUUCCGGACCAAAUGAAGCCGCCAGGUCUUCUGGGGCCCGAUGGAAAUCAA